CGACUUCCGAAGCUCAAUCAAGCAACUGCACCAUUUGCGACGAACGCCUGUGCCUGAUAAUUUGUGUCACCUCCAUUUCGAUGGACUAUCAUUCCAAUCUUUACUCGAGGGUUCUAUCUUAACCCAACGGGCUCCCACCAUCUUCGGGCUUUGAUUUUCUACUCUUACAGAGAGGUUUGAGCUUGAGCACAAGGCAAACAAGCGGGUCAGGCCUCUCCAUUUCAGUCAUCUAUCUCCUGGCCCAGGCGCCAACAUUAUGAACAUCAAUACCACGGGUUGUAUUCCAUCGUGAUACUAUUGUUCUUCAUGGAACAACCGCUAUAAAUAUCCAUACCAUGGCAUCCGAGAAGCACGCUUCAUGGCGUCCACUCCCAGUCUCACAUCACGCUGUACCCAACCUGUUGGUCUCGGCCGCCUUCAGCACCUCACCCGUCUCAUACUCGGUCUACAUCACCGACCUCGCCAACGUGUGGCUUGAACGUCUUGACCGCAGAGCCAUCCUGCUUCGAUCUUUGGAGGAGAAGACCAGCAUCGACCCCAGCGACGACCCCGAAAACUUCAAGGAGCUGUUGCACCGUAUCGGCAGCGCAUUUGACGCAGAAAACCCCCACCAUGCUGACGCAAGCCUGGCUCUCACCUCUGGGCUCGAAACCCCCACGGGCGGCGUCAAUGACUUGAUCCUCGAGGUGACGUGCAUCUUGCCAGCGGGCCUCCAGCCGCUCAAGUGGCCCAUCAAACUCAAGCACGGUGGUGCUUCGGCCGUGGCAACCGAGCUGGUCCUGCCCCUGGUUCAGGCGCAGAUGGCUCGACAGUUGGAGCUUGAAGCUCUCCUCGCUGUCAUCAAGGAGAAGGACGGCGUUAUUUCCAAGGUGCUUGACAAGCUGGACGGCAUGGGCGCCAGGCUGGAUCAGAUCUUUCCCGCCCUCGCAGCUUCCGGCAAGAGGAAGAUCACGAGAGCGUUUGCAGAGUCCCGCGUUAAGGGGCUUGCACCAUAUGAGAAAGAUGAUUUUUUGCAGCAAAUCGGCCAAGCUGACGGUGAAGGGAAUAGCGACCUUUUGCUGGAUGGACCGGGGCAGCCAAAAGAUGUCCAAGACCUAGUCAAGAACGUUUUCGGAAGCAGCUCGGGACUCAAACAUCACUCAUCGCUCGACUAUUCUGAUUCUCCAGCCCUCAACAACUGGUGGAAGGACUUGGGCGAGGGAUCGGGCAAGAUCGGCAAGGCUGUUCUGGUAGAGAGAAACAUAUCUGGGAACGGAUCCAACGGGAAGGAGACCCCAUCGCCAGCUCCAUCUUCGAAACGGGCAACUAGAGACCGCAAGAAGAAAGACGACGAAGACGAUAAUGACGAUGACUUUGAAGUCCAAGCUACGCCGCCACAUUUACUGUCUGCUCGCAAACAAGGGACAAACAAGAGAAAAAGCCCGCAACCCGUUUGUGACGACGAUGCAUCAACAGCUAGUGAGGUAGAUGACGAUUUCGACACCCAGAUCCCCGACAGCAAUCCUCCACCCGAAACUCGGACCCCGACUAAACCCAGGGCUACAGCACCGGCCCCAAAACCAACCCGUCUAGGGACCAUCGGAAAGAAGAAGCAGCCAGAGCCGGAGCCGGAGCCGGAAGUCGACCAGGAUCUCGAUGCAGCCACUGAAUCCGGCUCUGAAACCGGAUCAGAAAAUGAAGAGCCCGUUGGAAACACCAAAGAUGAUGACUCAGACACUGCCUCUGAUGCCGAAGAUGCUUCCGAUUCCGAGCUGCCUCCGCCAAAGCCAACGGCCAAGGCCAAGAAAGGGGGCCUUGGGCGGAUUGGCGGGCUCGGCAAGGCCAAGAACACUAGCAAGGCCAAGCCUGCUGAAGAUGCGGGGAUGACAGAGCCUCAUCCAUCUUCCAAGACCGCGGCAGGCGAAGACGAUACCGAGUCCGACGACGCCACUGCACGGCCUGGUCCAAGCAACAAACCCUCCAAGCCGGUCAGGAGACUGGGUGUUAUCGGCGACAAAGGUGCCGCGAAACAACAAGCCUCGACGGCGCUGUCGGGUGAUGUCGUAGGUGACAAACGAGGCCGCCCGGCUUCCAGAGAUGAGAACAAAGAGCCAGCUGCCAGGGAGACGUCAGAAGAGCGUGCAAACCGAAGGCGGGAGGAGCUACAGCAACAGCUAGCCAAGAAAGCUGCGCAAGGGCCGGCGAAGAAAAAGAGAAAGUUUUGAGGAGAUGGGCAAAGGUUUCCAACGUCGCCAACCCAUCGCGCAAACAUGCAUAUUGAAGCUCUCCCUGACAUGUAGUGUGACGAAGGCUUCUAUUUCCGCGCCAAGAUGCCUUUUUCCACGAAACAAAGGCAACAUUGAACUUUCGACUGGCGCAUGCUGAAGCUUUCCGUGCAUUGAAACGAGCUUGCGGAGAAUGGAGAAACCACAACAAAGUAAGCUAGUGAUCUAUGCCCAACCUUGGAACCUUAGGAAGACCGUGUGCGAUAUCAGGGCUCCUGAGAUUCUCCAAUGCGGAGAAUAUCCAGUCAGCAGUUCGUUCAGCUUGUCUUUGCCGUGACUCCUCUUCUGCCUGCCCAGAGUCUUGUUGUAAUCAUCGCCCUUCGUACGUUGCUUUUGUGUUGAGGAGGUAUAUCCAACAGGCUUUGAGCGACGUGACGAACCCAAGCGGGGCUGCCUUUGCCCUUGAUAUACAGAAGCACCAGCGGCCUGACUGCGCCAGCGCGGCGUGAGGGCCACCAUUUCCGAUCUUGGUGAGCCCAGCACUGGUUUUCCUGUGGUUCUUGUUCUUGCCUGGUCCAAAGGUCUGGGCUAUAUGAUCAAUUUCAGCCGGAUGGCCUCUAGUAGCUGUGAGGGCCAGUCGCCCAUCGCUACGUUGAUAAGUCAUGGCUUGAAUGCUUGAUUCGAGAAGCAAGGUAGCUGAAAGCUCCGAGCCUUCUCGCCCCAUCAGGUUGUAGCAUAUAAUACCAUAUACAUGCCUCCAGGGAUACGCAAGAGGAGUCUAUCAAGUCUAGACCAAGCACCUGUAAAGCGCGCCCACAGUGGUUGAUGUCCAUGUAUGCGAGAGUCAAUGUGAGUGUGUUACAUAUAAAAUAUCGGAUAGCGUCGAGCAACUACUGGGUCGGGUUAUUGUUGAAUCGAUGUUGAAUCGAAAGACAUGGCGUUUUUGUCUAUCUCGAUGGUCUUGUCUGAUUGAACCGGCACAAACAAUGCAUGAUGUGGACUUUGCUCUACCAUCAAGUCUUGGCCAUCUGGCAGGUUUAAGCAGGAUCGUAUGCAACUGUAUCC